AUGGACUGCUGGGGGUGGAAGCUCAGUCGCUUGCCGAAAAACGCGGAUGCCUCCGGCCAGGGGGGAGGCGGAGGUGGCCCAGUAGAAAGAAACUCUGGCAAUGGUGGUGGUGGUGGUGGCGGUGGCGGUGGCGGUGGCGGUGGCGGUGGCGGUGGUGGUGGUCGCCGAAAAGGCUCUAGGCACCGCCGAGGUAAUGGAGGUGGCGGAGGCGGCGGACCUCGCCCUGGUGGCGGGGGCAGGCAAAACAAGGACGGCGGCGAUUCCAACGACCGAGACGUGCAGGAGUUCAUGCAGGUGAUAAACCACCCGGGCGCUCCCGAGUCCGCGAUCCAAAUCCAGAAGAAGUACGACCAGGACAAGAACAGCGACCGAUACCGCCGCCAGAUCCGCCAAUUUCUGCAAGAGCACUGGAAGAGGCAACGGGUCAACUUCGCACAGCAGCAGCAGCAGCAGCCGCAGCAGCUGGCCCGAGGCAACAACGACGGCAUGGCAUCCGAAGGCGCCCUUGGGCAGCCAGCAGGAGGCCUCUUCAUGCCCUCCGGCAGCGACGUGCUGAACGGAGAGGGUCCGACCAUGGCCCCGUGGGCUGGUGGAGGAACAGGGGAUGACAUAAACGACUCCGUAGUAGGAGCGGGUGGGCUUGCCGGUGGAGCCGGCGACAUCGAGCCUCCCCUUGAUCAGACUGGCAGGUGGUGCGACGUUGACGGCAUUGUAAACAGCCCCGUUCCUACUGUGGCCGGAGCGCUUGGCGUGCCCCCUCCCGGCGUAGACAUGGUAGGCACGUCAUCGUCCCUGCAGUCCGGGCUCGGAGGGCUCACGCUUGACGGCGGGGGUGUCGGCCAGCCGUCGUUGUCGAACUAUCAGCAGCAGCACCUCGAUAGCCAGCAGUUCCACAUGGCCCAGCAGCAGCAGCAGCAGCAGCGCUUCAACCCGCAGCCCGGCGGUUUCAUGUUCCAGCAACCCCAGCAACAUCCCUUUGGUGACCUUGGAAACCCGGGCGGCGGAGGACCGCAUUCGGAGGUGGGCUUGAUAGGCAUGAACAACAACAGCAGCAGCGGCAACAAUAGCGACAGCAUUCCGCUUCGCCCCGAUGCGCAGCAACCGUCGAUGGUCAUGCCGGCCGGCGGCGUUACCGUCGGUGAUCAAGUCCCUCCAGGCGAUGGUGGCGGUGGCAGCGGCAGGUUGAGGGGGGUGUACGGAAGUGACGGUGGUAGCAUGCGCUUUUCGCCAUCCUCCACGUCGAAUCCCCCCGGUUCUUCUAACGUUGGCCCCCUGAGCGGCAUACCGGGAGGAGGUGGCAGGCCUCAGCCGGAGCCCGAGUUCUCCCUCGGAGGUGGCGGUGGCGGCGGCGGCGGCAACGGGUACCCUGUCGGCCCCGGUCCCGACAGCGGCAGGCUAUUCGGAGAGGGCGACGCGGCUGCCGAUGGUCGCGGUGUGCAGGACAUGAACGCCGCCGCCGCCGCCGCGUCGACGAUGAAGGCGAUGUCGGGGGAGAGGGGUGUCGUCGGUGGUGGUGUCUCCCGCUCCCCGGGGCAGACGGUCGUGGCGCCGUCGGAGCAGGGGGAGUGGGUCAUGUACACGUCCAAGGAGAACGACAACAGGGCCUACUGGCACAACGCCAAGCUGAACAAGACGACUUGGGAUGAUCCUCACCAGCACCAGCACCAGCACCAGCACCAGCAGCAACAGCUGCAGCAGCAACAGUCUCAGGGGGCAUGGGAACUGCAGCAGCAGCAGGGGUUCCCUCCGUACCAGCCGUUGGCGGCGCCGGCAGCGGCGGCAGCAGCAGCAUCGUCAUCAUCGGCGUUCAUGAACUCACCCGCCACCAUGCUCGGGGCGAAGUCUCUGGAUGUCCAGCCUCUGGGAGACAGUAUCGCCGGCAGCCGUUUCGGCGAGCUUGCCGGCGGCGGCGCAGAGGCUGCCUCGGACACGCCCGGGUACCAGCAGCAGCUGGACUGGAUUAAGCAGCACACAUCGGCCGCGGCGGUCGGCGGCACCGGGGCCGCUGUCGGCGGCGGAGGUGGGUUGGGUUCCUUGCAAGGCGAGGCGCCGCCGCCGUCCUCCUCCUCCUCCUCCUCGUGGGGAGGGGUCCCCGCCGAUACAUCGGCGGGGGGGGCGGGGGGCGG